CUACCUUCUAAACCAUGGCACUCCCCAAGAGUUUUGCGUUUUCUCUUUGUUUCUGUCUUUCUGUGAUCCUCUGCAGCCUCGUUGCUAAUGCUACUGACGUUUCUUAUGAUGGCAGAGCCAUCACCAUUGAUGGCAAACGAAGGAUUUUGAAUUCUGGUUCCAUACAUUAUCCUCGAAGUACACCACAAAUGUGGCCAGACUUGAUUAGGAAGUCAAAGGAAGGUGGACUCGAUGCAAUUGAGACUUAUGUCUUCUGGAAUGCGCAUGAACCAGUUCGUCGUGAAUACGAUUUUACUGGUAAUCUUGACCUGGUUAGGUUUAUCAAAACGAUUCAAGAUGAAGGACUUUAUGCUGUUCUUCGGAUUGGUCCAUAUGUUUGUGCUGAAUGGAAUUAUGGAGGACUUCCUGUUUGGCUCCAUAACCUGCCAAACUGUCAUAUUCGAACAGCAAACGAUGUUUUCAUGAAUGAGAUGAAGAAUUUCACUACAUUGAUCGUGGAUAUGAUGAAAAAGAAACUAUUUGCAUCUCAAGGAGGCCCUAUCAUUAUUGCUCAGAUUGAAAAUGAAUAUGGCAAUGUGGAAUCAUACUAUGGAGAUGCUGGAAAAGCAUACAUUAACUGGUCUGCAAACUUUGCUGAAUCACUAAACAUCGGAGUUCCAUGGAUUAUGUGUCAACAAAAUGAUGCUCCCGCAUCAAUGAUAAACACAUGUAAUGGCUGGUAUUGUGACACAUUCAAGCCAAGUAACCCCAACACUCCUAAGAUGUGGACUGAAAAUUGGACUGGCUGGUUCAAGAGCUGGGGUGGUUUAGACCCACUCAGGACUGCUGAGGACGUUGCAUUUGCAGUAGCAAGGUUUUUCCAAUAUGGAGGCACAUUUCAAAACUAUUACAUGUAUCAUGGUGGAACAAACUUUGGUAGAACAGCAGCUUCAUACAUUACCACCUCGUAUGAUUAUGAUGCCCCUCUUGAUGAGUAUGGCCAUCUGAGUCAACCAAAAUGGGGGCAUUUGAAAGAACUUCAUGAGGUUUUGAAAUCCAUGGAAUAUACUCUCACCUAUGGCAAUAUUACCACCACAGAAUUGGGUAACUCUGUCUCAACCACUGUGUUUGCGACAAAUGAGUCAAGUAGCUGCAUUUUUGGCAAUGCAAAUAGCAGUUCAGAUGCUACAAUCACUUUCCAAGGAAACACAUACACCAUUCCUGCUUGGUCUGUUAGUAUUCUUCCUGAUUGCAAAAAAGAAGCAUACAACACUGCUAAGGUAAACACCCAAACUACAGUGAAAGUAAAAAGUGUCAACAAGGCUGAGGAUGAACCUGAAUCCCUUCAUUGGUCAUGGAGGCCCGAGAAGACGGAUGACACCCAGCUUCUUGGAAAAGGUGAAGUUGUGGCAAGUCGUCUUAUGGAACAAAAAGAGGCUGCAAAUGAUGCUAGUGAUUAUCUUUGGUACAUGACAAGUGUUCAACUCAGUAAGGAUGAUCCAAUUUUGAGUGGGAACAUGACAUUGAGGAUAAAUGAAACUGGUUACAUUCUUCAUGCUUAUGUUAAUGGAGAACAUGUUGGUUCUCAAUGGGCUGCUUAUAACGUCUUCAACUACGUUUUCGAGAAACCUAUCAAGUUGGUUCCCGGAGUGAACACAAUUUCAUUGCUCAGUGCUACUGUUGGAUUUCCCAAUUAUGGAGGUGGAUUUGAGGACAUCAAAACUGGAGUAGCUGGUCCUGUUCAAUUGGUUGGACAAAGUGGAGAUGAAACUGUGAUCAAGGAUUUGUCACAACACAAAUGGUCAUACAAGGUUGGACUCCAUGGCUUGAAAGACGAGCUCUUUAGCUCUGCUUCUCGUUUUGCAAAUAAAUGGUCAGUUGAAGGUUUACCAGUAAACAGAACGAUGACAUGGUAUAAGACAACUUUCAAAGCUCCCCUAGGAACUGAACCAGUCGUCGUGGACUUACACGGGUUGGGUAAGGGACAUGCUUGGGUGAACGGGCAUAGCAUUGGGCGAUAUUGGCCAAGCUACUUGGCUCCAGAGGAUGGUUGUAGUGUUGAAGCUUGUGACUACCGUGGUGCAUACGACAAUAACAAGUGUGUCUUCAACUGUGGCAAACCUACUCAAAGAUGGUAUCAUGUUCCGCGAUCCUUUUUGCAAGAUGAUGAGAACACAUUGGUCUUGUUUGAGGAAUUUGGUGGCAACCCAUCUUAUGUGAAUUUCCAGACAAUCAGAGUUGGAACUAUUUGUGCAAAUGCAUAUGAGAAUCAUACAUUGGAAUUGGCAUGCCAAGGUCGCCCCAUUUCAGCAAUCAAAUUUGCUAGCUUUGGAAAACCUGAAGGGACUUGUGGAUCAUUUAAGAAUGGCACCUGUGAUGGCACAACUGCUUUGUCCAUCCUUCAAAAGGAAUGUGUUGGAAAAGAGUCGUGCUCAAUUGAUGUAUCAGAAAAGAAGUUCGGUUCCACAAAUUGUGGCGAUAUUGUGAAGAGGCUGGCCGUGGAAGCAGUUUGUUAGAGUUUUCUUUCUUUUUCAAGAGUAGCGAAAUUAGGUUCUUUUGUUAGUGCUUUUAACAUGAGAUUUUUUUGGUACUAGUAAGGUUACUUAAGUUACAGUAUAUCUACGA